AAAACUCCAUACUUACAACCAGAAGGAAGGAAGGAAGGCGGACAGAAGGAAGCGGACAUUUACGUAACCACUGAAAUUAAAACCAAGGCCGCGAGAAAUAUAUAACAGGGAAGAGAGAAUAAACUCGCGAAAAGGAAACAGAAGUAAGUAUUUCGUUUAAGUCCGUUUGGGUGAGUCUGUCCUAGAGUGCGUGACUGAGGGUGUGGUGACUAGCGGAACGUGCGUCCGUGACCUUCCACGAGGGAGGAGGAGGAGGAGGGGGGGAGGAGGAGGAGGAGGAGGAGGGGUAUAGGGAGGGGUUGGUGCUUACAGAGAGCCCUCGGGAUGGCCUGAGGGUAGCCGCGGCGUGCCAGUCAGUCAGUUGUGUGCCAGACUCGUGCCCAGGUCGAGUCUCGCCCCCUCGCUCCCUCUGCCCGCCUCCCUCGCUGUGCGCUGGCGGACUGGCACUGGCUGGGUGGUGAGCAUUGAAGGCCGUGAUCCUUGCUUCCCCCGCGGUGUUCCGGCACAUUGACACUCUCUGCGGUGACCACCUGGCGUGCUGCACCACCCAACAAUGUGGCGGGUCAUUGCCUUGGUUCUGGCCUGCGGGUCCCUGGGCGCCCUGGUCGAGGCUGGAGUGAUGGGAAGGCUCUCGUGGUGUAACACUAUGUGCAUGUGCGAGACCGAGACCAACAGAGAGGUGAAAUGUUUCCAGGAGGACGAAAUUUAUUCUCUGCUAAAUGUCAGUUCGCGGAAUGCCAGACGCCUGAGAAGACUCAACUGGACGCUGGAAGAAAACGUGUACUGGUGUGACGACCUGUGCACCUGUAACCUUGAAACCGGCAAGGAGUUCAAUUGUGCCGAGCCGGGUCGCCUCACUCAGCUGAUCCUGGACAACAUUGGAAACGGCUACUUCCUGGAGCCUGAGGGGGACAGCGCCAUCAAGAGGGAGGAGGAGCGUUCGGUAGACGAGGAGGAGGAGGAGGCAGCUCUGGAUCAGGAGGCAGGACACAAAAAGAGAUCUGAACGUAAGAAGAACAGGAAGAAUCGAAAACUGAAGAAGAAUCAAAAAGUAAAACACAGGCAUCCCACCGAGGAGCCAGAGCCAGAGCCAGAGCCCGAAUGGGAGCCAGAGCCAGAGCCCGAAUGGGAGCCACAGCCUGAGUCUGAGCCUGAACCUGAGCCUGAGAACACCUACCCUGUUGUCCAGACUCCCACGCCACCUUCAGACACGCCUGCAGCCCAUGUCGAGCCCACGGAAAGCGAGGCGGAGAUAAUUGAGCCACUACCCAAGCAAGAGGCCGUGGCAGCGAGCCCCGCGGUGACGGCGCUGCAGCCCCCAACGCGCCAAGGGCAGUUCUACACCACGGCAGAGUCCUACACGCCAAGGGCCUCAGCGCGGGAGGUGGAAGGCCUCUCCCCGCGCAUCCAGCCUGUGGUGGAGGUGCCGAAGGAGAAGAAAACAGUUGCCUCCAUGGUGUCGCAGGACCUGGACGACCUUGGCAGCACCGUCAGGAACAUCAAAAAUGACGUGAUGCUAAACCAACGCAUCCUGCUCGUCACCGUCGCCAUCGCUGGGCUCGCCAUGCUCGGGGUGAUGAUCCUCGCUAUUCUGAGCUGCACGAAACGACGGCAGAACCAAAACUCUGCCGCGGCCAAGAAGCGGGACGGCGCCAAGGACGGCAACCACAGCCCCAAGAUCAACUUAGAGGAGGCCUGGUGACUAAGUGAAGCCGCGCAGCCCCCUGUCGGCCAAUGGCAGACUCGAGACUCCAACAGGGAGGUAAUCACGACGGAGUGGGAGUCGGACGCCACCGCUGAACAGGACGAGUGCAACAAGCCCCUGCGGGACACCACCUGGGAGGAGUCCACGGCCUUCCGCGAGAUGUCGAUAGCUCAGGGAAGGUACAAGGUGUGUCGGGUGUGAGAGGAAGACUGUUAAAGGUGCUCGGUGUCAGAAAUGAACCGGUUUAUGCGUUGGAUGCAAAAAAUAAUCUUGCUUUAGAUAUUGGGUGUUAAUAAAGGAACAAUUUAGGUGUUGUGUUAAUGGAGGACCGUGUAAGUGUCGUGUGCGGGUGAGGCUCCAGCUGGGCGCCUCGAGCUUCCCGUUGCUUUGAGUGUGGGGUGGAGCCAGUGGUGUCAGCGCCUGAGGACGAGUGCUUUGUGUGUGCGUAGUGAUGCCAAAGGGGCCAGAGACUAGAGGCUUGCGCGGGCGGAUUCUGAAGACCUCGACGUAGAUUUUAUGUAAAUGCAAACUGACGAUAUUUGACUUUUUUGCAGUGUUUCUUCUGACGGACGAGAUUGUUGACUGAAUAACUUGAGUAACUUAACUGACCGACUGGUAUACAAUGACUGAAAGAUCGACCGACUGACUGACAUGUGUUGCUCAAACUUGACUGAGUUGACAAAGAAUGCAAGCACGCCUUCCCUACCUCCUCCUUUACUUCACUGCCUUCUUCCUCCUCCUCCUCCUUCUCCUUCUCCUCCUCCUCCUCCUCAUUUUCUUCCAUCUCAUUGGCCAUGUUCAGUAUUCACUCUCUCUCCCCCUCCUCGCUCUUCACUCCACCUUACGCCUGCAUGACCCAAACAGAUUCCUCUUUCCCUUCACAGCAACAUAUACUUAACAAUAUAGAAUAAUUAAUGGGCAGCGAGUUAAAAAAAAUACACUAAAGAACAAACCCUCAAUAUAAUUUACUUUUACAUAUUAUUUUUAUACAGAAAAUGAUCUUUAUAACAAAUUUCUAUGAUAAAAUUAUGGUUAAUCUUUGAACUAAUAUUGAAUAUUGUUAAUAUUAGACUAAGGGACGUAAUUUCACUAAAAUAUUGUAAAAUUGAAUAAGUAAAUGUUACACCAGAAACGUUUGACAUCGGGGAACGUUUCAACAGAACACAAUUGAUAUUUUUAAGACGACACAAGAAACUAUUAUUAUUAACAUUAUUAUUAUUUAUUAUUAUUACAAUUUUUUUUAUUAUUAUUGUCAUUAUUAUUAUUAUUAUUGUAAUCAUAAUUUUUUUUAUAAUUACUUAUUAUUUUGACUAUUAUCAUCAUUAUUACAAUUAUCAUCAUUAUUCUUUUAAGUUAUUUUUACUAAUUAUUGUUAUAAUUCCCAUAUUUUUUUUAUCAUAUUCCAUUUUCUCUGUAAUUACAGUUUUACGGAAUAGUUUUACGUGUUAAUAAACACAAUAUACUUUUCUGUGGCUUACACACACACACACACACACACACACACACACACACACACACACACACACUCACACUCACACUCACACUCACAAUCUACGUAGUUACAGUAUGUUUACCAACGACAAAGAUGUAAAUGUAAAUAAUAUAAUGUGCAAAGCAAUCAAACAUGUUUAUCUGCAUUUUGACAGAUAUAUUAUAAUGAUUAUUAUUAUCAUUACUGACGAGAAUAUAAUAUCUACUUAUCUAUCUCUUAUCUAUCAAUCUAUACCCUUCUAUCAAUUUUUCUAAUGAUGAGGACGUAAUACGAUCCUCUGAAGUGUACUUAUCAGCUUACUGGAUUCCCUGGAACACAUGUACUGUCAACCCGUGUCCAGACCCUGCCAGUCCUUUCUUUGUAGUAACACCCGACGUGCUGGCCUUCCUAAUCCUCUUUUCCCCCGAGUCAUGAAUACCCUAUAUGCCCUAACACGACCUCCUAUUCACCCUCACUCUGCCUGAUCCUAUAACUAACUCCACUCUCUUCUUUUUCCCAACCGUUCGUGAAACCGUCGACUAGUAUUGCCUUCCUGUAAUUGUCUCCUCUUUCUUGUGGUUUGUCUCACUUUUACCUCUACUGUCGCCUCCUAUUCCUUCUAUCAUUCAACCUCGUCUUUUUCUCACGUUUAUUCACCAUUCUCUCGCCUCGAAUAUUCCUUCUCUCUCGAUUUCGCCGUUUCUUAUCGCCGUUUUCUGUAUCUUUCAAUUCCAACCCAAGGCUUACAUUUUCUUUACCACGUCUCUCCUCUCCUCUCCUCCCUUCGGUGUUCCUUUCCUAUCCCCUCGCCAUUUCUUCUUUUAUUUCGUCCCAUUCCUUCUCUAUGCAAGUCACCGUCUUUUCAAUCCAUCCUUCUCAUUCCGUAACGUUAAGCCUUUUUCGCCCUGCCUGCUCAUGCACUCCUCCUCUCCCUUCUUUUCCUCCAAACACGUCCUGGGCCAACUUGUGUGUAAGUAUUUCAAAGCCAGAGUAUUUUAAGUGUCUAGUCUUAAAUGUAAUGUAUAAUUUAUAAAAAGAUGUAAAAAAAAUGUA